CCAAACGCAAGCAAGAGAAGGAUCUGAAAAGGUGCGCCGUGCGUACGUGGUGACCGGUGGCGGCAGCUAGCCAGUCACGGCUGGCAGUGCUUGGUCCGCCGACCGGGCGAUCCUCUUCCCGCGGCAUUGUCAGAGAGUCGGUCGGUUGGGUUCCCCUACAAAACCUCUUCACACGCUAAAGCCUCCUUCCCCUUUGUUUCCCAAGCACUCCAGCCUGCUCUGCUCUGCUCUUCACCCGCAACGAAACCCAAAACAGAACAGUUGGUUGAGUCCAAGUCCAACUCCACCAAAAUUCCGUUUGUUUGCCCGGUCCUCUCGCCCACGACCGCCGUUUGACUCCGGAAGCAAGCACGCACCAAAUCCUCGCCUGAAAUCACGAAGAUUUUGCGGACUUCAAUUUCUCCGCCCGUUUUAGCCGACGCUGACCGAGACAACACCGGCCAUCCCCACACAAAAGAAAGAGAAAACUAUCCGCACCGCGGCAAGGCAGAGGCAAAGGCAAAGGCGAAGGCGAAGGCGGGCAGCCGCACCCAAAACCCACCGCCUCCCCUUCCGACCACACCCAAUUUUUUGAACCGCUCCGUGCCAACUGCGGCGAUUCCUCUCGGCGGAGGUGGGGAAAAAAAAGGGGGCGGAGGAGCACAAGAAACUGAAGCGGAGAGGGGAGGAGGAGCGCAAGAAACUGUCGCGAGUCGAGAGGCCGGGGAGAAACUGAAGCGAAGAGGAGAGGAACGGGCAGCAGCGGCGAUAGGGUUCCGGCGAUGGAGCGGUUCCAUCCCUCCGAGGUGUACGAGCACUUCGUGCGGCAUAUGAACACGCCGAGGGUCGUGGUGGACAACGGGGUGUGCGAGACGGCGACGCUAGUGCAGGUGCACAGCGCGCGGAAGAACGGCGUGCUGCUGGAGGCCGUGGCCGCGCUGUCCGACCACGGCGUCUGCGUCCGGAAGGGCUACAUCUCGUCCGACGACGGCCGCUGGUUCAUGGACGUGUUCCACGUCACGGACGCCGCGGGGCGCAAGGUCGCCGAUGCCGACAAGCUGCUCGCGCGCCUCGAGUCCUCGCUCGCCGCCGCGGCCGCGACCGCCGACGCAUUGCCGCGGCCGGCGGGGUGCGAUUCCUCGCCCGCCCAGAACGAGGGGCUCUCCCUUCUCGAGCUCAUCGGCGUCGACCGCCCGGGCCUCCUCUCGGAGGUGUUCGCCGUGCUGCACGACCUGCGCUGCAGCAUCGUCGACGCCAAGGCGUGGACGCACGGCGGCCGCGUCGCCGCUCUGGUUUUCGUCCGGGACGAGGAUACCGGCGCGCCGAUCGACGACGCCGCUCGGACCAGGCGCAUCGAGUCCCGACUCAGGUACGUCCUCCGCGGCGGCGCGCGCGGCGCAAGGACGAUCUUGGUCGACGCGGCGGCUGUUGGUAACCUGGACCGGAGGCUCCACCAGCUGCUGAACGAGGACCGGGAGGCCGAUGGCCGCCCUGCCGCGGACCGGCCCACGACGACGGCGGUGGCUGUGCAGGAGUGGGGGGAGAGGGGUUACUCGGUGGUGACGGUGAGCUGCCGCGACCGGCCGAAGCUGCUGUUCGAUGUUGUCUGCACCUUGACGGACUUGGAUUACGUGGUGUACCACGGCACGUUUGACACCGACGGCGAUCACGCGCAGCAGGAAUUCUACAUCAGGCGCUUGGACGGCCAGCCAAUCAGCUCGGCGGCCGAAAGGCAGCGAGUGAUCCAACGCUUGCAAGCGGCGAUCGAGAGGCGCGCAUCCGAGGGCGUGAGGCUGGAGCUGAGCAUCAAGGACCGGCGCGGGCUGCUGGCCUACGUGACGCGCGUGUUCCGGGAGAACAGCCUCUCGGUCACGCACGCAGAGAUCACCACCAGGGGCGACAAGGCGCUGAACGUCUUCCAUGUCACCGACGUGGCCGGCCGCCCGGCCGACCCCAAGGCGAUCGACGAGGUCAUACACGGCAUCGGCACGGAGAGCCUCCGGGUGGACGAGGAGCGGUGGCCUCGCUUGUGCUCCACCCAAGGGGACGCCGGCCGAGACGGUGGCGCCGGCGGGGGACUGUUCUCGUUAGGCAGUCUUGUGAAGAAGAACCUCUACAACCUUGGCCUCAUCAGAUCCUGCUCGUAAGGACCAGGAACGAAAUGUGUUGGAUGAGAUACUUGUGUAAAUAUGGGAUGGUGCAGGGUGCUAGUUUGUAAAUCAAGUAGGUUCUUUUAUUUUUUUCUGCUUUUAGGUUUAGUAGCAGCAGUUCGUGUACAUAGUAGACAUGGAGAAGAUGUUGGUCGGCACGAGGUUGGAGCUUUGGGUCGUGUAUGUUUCCUUUACGUGCAAGUAGGCAAACAGAUCGAUGUAAAUAGGGUUGUACAUACAUGUACAUACAUAAUACUACUUCAUUAUCGUAGCUACCGUAUACUACUUUU